UUGGAAUGUUAAAAAUAUGUUUUUUUUAUAUUUUUUUUUUACUUUGAGCGUAUCUUAAAGCAGUAUUUUUUUCUAGCUUUCCAAUAACGAUUGCAUCCAGUAGAAUCCACAUCCCCUUUUCGCCAUUUCAAAUCGCCACUCCGAAUCUCAAAUGAAAACGUUAAGUUUGUAUUUGAAUCUUCAACAAGUUGCCUUAAGUGAAAUACUUUUCUGUGCACGCGAGUCAGACACAUACGACAAAGUUACUUCCUCCGAUUCAAGGCAAGUCGGUCCUUGAGUCCGAAGCUCGAGUUCGUUCAUUGUAUGUUGGUUGGUGGAGAGCUCGUUUGCCCAGGAGUUGGAUUUCACGGGCGGAAUUUGGAACUUGGUCCUCAAAACUCCUUGAAUCGAGGAUCCCUUUUUCCCUUUUUCCCUUCUUCCCUUGGGAGGAGAGCACGUUGGCCACCGCCGCCGCUCGUUGGUGCGUUCCAUUUUUCUCGACCAAGGGAGGAGAGAAUAUGAGAUUUGUUCUCCGGUUGAAACCUCUAAUUCAGUCCCGAUCAAGGCACUGAUGAGCCGUUAUAUGGCAAAUCUGGAUCGGCAUUGGCCAAUUGGGAGACGAUUUCAUAUAGAGUGCGAGUCUAAGUGUCGUUGUCACUCCUGACUUGGUGGAUCAAAUUAUCACGUGACUUUCGUUUCCAGGGUGAUUCAACUAGUAUGAAUAUCACUUUGGGAGAAAGAGAACAACUGGCUUCCAUCUACCUACAAAACUUUUGCCUCGGCCUCGUGACGCUGUUCACCAUCCUCGGAAACGGGUUCAUAAUCCUGUGCAUCUCAUUGCAUCGCGUGUUGCAACGCCCCUCUCACAUCUUCAUCGCCUCACUGGCCUCGACGGACCUCCUCCUGGGCCUGACAGUUAUGACACCCAGAUUGAUCUCAGAGCUCAUUCAAAAGUGGAUUUUUGGCUUUAGACUUUGCCAGAUCUAUCACGCAAUGGAUGUAACCUUGUGUACAGCCUCGAUCCUUCAUCUAAGUUGCAUCGCCAUGGAUCGUUACUAUGCCAUUGUCAACCAACCUUUGCUCUAUUACCAGAGGAUAACGCCGAAGAGAGUGGCCCUUAGUGUGGCCUUGUGUUGGAUCCUAUCCAUUCUAACGGGCUUUGUGCCCGUGUUCACGGGUAUCUACACUUCCCAUGAGCAUCUGGCCUUGUCCAAGGCCAAUCCAGAGGAAUGUAACCUGGUGGUCAACGCCUACUUUUCGGUUCUCGCGGGAGUGGUCUCUUUUUGGAUCCCCGGUUCCAUCAUGGUUUUUGUUUACUAUCAGGUCUACCAGGAAACGCAACGGCUUCACAACAGCACGCCAUCUCUGGGCGAACUCCGUCAAGAUUGCUUCGCUCACUUUGAAGAGGAAAAUCCCAGUCAUAUCAAGAUUUAUCUUUCACAAAAACCCUUGGUAAUCAGUGAAGUGUCUCGAAAACAUCACGACCGAGAAUCUCGUGCGGCUAAGACUCUUGGGAUCGUCAUGGGGAUUUUUUUGAUCUGCUGGCUUCCAUUCUUCAUUUGGAUGCCGUUAACGGGAAUCUUUGACCUGCACACUCCCUCAUUUGUGUACACCAUGAUUCUAUGGGUGGGAUAUGGUAACUCGGUGGUUAAUCCCUUCAUAUAUGGUUUCUUUAAUCGAGAAUUUAAAGGGGUUAUCCUGGGAGAUCUCAAGAAACUUGGUCUCGUCAAGGCAAACUCGCCGCCAGGGGUCGCAUUUGACCUGAGCUAAACGGGAGCGGCAAUUUUGAAGACUCGUCAAUGCCAAGCAGCCCUGGGCUUCUAAUGCCAGACAUUCAACCUGGCAACACUGACUGAGAGCCGUAAUAAGGAAACGACAGAAGUUAACUUAGUUUUAUGCCAAGUACAAACACCUUCAUGUGACUAAUGUAGGUUCAAAAUAUUACAAUAAACAUUCCAUUCGAAUGCUUAAAAUGAUGAAUCCGUUGUUGUAUCUAAAAAUCAAACUUAGGGAGGAAGCAAUAGCAGGAACCUCGCACACAAAAAUGGAACUGGGGCCUCGAACGAUCACUCGGACGACUAUUUGCUCUAUUGCAAUGCGCUCAUCCCAAAUCAAUUUGGGACUCUCUUGGGAG